GCGCGUGGGGUGGGAGGUCGCGGCGCGUGUGCGCGCACGGAGGAGAAAUGUCCCACUGCCGGCAGCAGGGCAAAGACAGGAUCAUCUUCGUCACCAAAGAAGAUCAUGAGGCGCCCAGCAGUGCUGAGUUGAUAACGGAUGACCCCAAUGACCCCUACGAGGAUCAGGGUCUGAUCUUGCCGAACGGUGACAUCAACUGGAACUGCCCGUGCCUGGGGGGGAUGGCGAGUGGGCCGUGCGGGGAGCAGUUCAAGUCCGCCUUUUCCUGCUUCCACCACAGCAUGGAGGAGGUGAAGGGCUCGGAAUGCCUGGACCAGUUCCGCACCAUGCAGGAGUGCAUGCAGCGAUACCCCGACCUCUACCCUCAGGAUGAAGAGGGCGAGGGGCAAGACCGGGCAGAUCAGGAGCCGCUGAGUGACCUCCCACCGCAAGAUGCACCCCUCGCCCAGACUCAGGGAUCCAGCUCAUAGGUGGGGUGGGGAGGGGAGGGCUCCUUGGUUUUUCUCCUCCUUCCCCCCCCCCCCCCCCCCCCUCCUCCACCUGCUCCUCAGCCCAGCCACACCUCAGCAGCACAGCCUUGGCUUUCGUUGUAGGGGUCAUGAGGGCUUCCCCUGUGUAGAAACACAGAACUACAGAUGCUGGUUAAUACACAAAGUGCUGAAGUAACUCGGCGGGUCAGGCAGCAUGUCUGGAGAAUGUAGAUAGGUGAUGUUUUGGAUGGUGGCCAUGAAAUCAGUCUGAAG